AUGUCGCCACCAACUAAUCAAUCUCCAGCAUGUGUCAGGGUUUCCGCUCUAACGGGUGGGCAUCUGACCCUUCCCGAGUACCUCUUCGUGACCGACGCCGAUGCAUCUAAACGAACGUUGGUACCAUCGAUGUGUUUUCUAAUAGAGAGGCGCGAUCCAAUCCAAGACGGCAAGAUAACUCGAAUAGUGUGGGAUCUAGGCCUCAAGCGGGACUUGAGUGCCUACGAGCCUGCUAUGCAAAUUCAUAUCGCCAAUCGCCAGCCAAUUGUAACCGACCCAGACGUGGCACAGUGUCUGCGAAAUGGAGGACUCGAUCCCACUAAAGAUAUCGACAUUGUUAUGUACAGCCACGUACACUGGGAUCAUGUCGGAACACCAUCAGACUUUCCGAAUUCGACUUUUAUAGUAGGAUCAGGGACGCUUGAUCUUCUUGCCCGGGGCGCUCCACCUCAUUAUCCGGCGAACAUUUUCGACUCGAAGAUGUUGGAUGAGUCGCGGACCAAGGAGCUUCCAUGUGCCCAUGAGGCAGAUGAGAUCUAUGCACGAAAAGAGCUUCAGACUGAUCAUGAGUGGAAGCCGGCGUUUGGAUUUCCAGCAGUCAUCGACUUCUUUGGGGACGAAAGCGUCUUGAUAGUUGAUAGCCCUGGUCAUCUACGAGGGCACAUCAAUGUCUUACUCCGUAUUGACAAGGACCGUCGCGUAUAUCUUGGGGGUGAUUGCUGUCACGACAUCCGCAUUUUGGAAGGGACCAAGGACAUUGCGCUUUAUGACGAUGGCCAUGGUCAGCUCCGGAGCGUUCAUAUGGAUACAGAAACUGCAAGAAAGACGAUUGCGCAGAUUAAAGAAUGUUUGAGCGAGUCGUCUGAACUGCGGAAACAAAAUACUAAGGUUGAGGUGGUGGUGGCUCACGACGGAUCAUGGAUGAGGAGAAACCCACAUUGCUUCUUCCCUGGUUGUAUAUAA